UUUUAUUUUUUUUGCAGACCAACGUGGUCCAAAUUACGAGUAUUUUCACUAACCAGACUCUAUCAAAACAGUUUUAUUGCAACGCUUUUUUGGGAUAUUAUCAAAAAUGAAAUUGAAACUAUACCAAAAUGUGUUGGUUGGGAAAGGACAUCUAAUGACAAACUUACUUAUCGGAGUGUUGAUUUAAAAUUUAUGCUAGAUCCAAUUAAUAUAAUGGAACAAAGUGUUGAUCUCAACCUUAAAUUAAUUCGUUGGCGUCAAGCACCUUCAAUUUCUCUAGAUAAAUUUACUUCUCUUCGUAUUUUACUUGUUGGAGCUGGAACUCUUGGUUGUAAUAUUGCUCGUGCUCUUUUAGGUUGGGGAGUGAGGAAUUUCACUUUUAUUGAUUAUGCAACUGUUAGUUAUAACAAUCCUGUUCGCCAAUCUCUCUUUUGCUUUGAAGAUUGUCUUGUUGCUGGCCUUUCAAAAGCUGAAGCUGCUGCAAACGCUUUGCGACGCAUUUAUCCAAAAGUUGAAGCAAAAGGGAUUCAUAUGAAAGUACCAAUGCCUGGAUAUCCUUUCUCCGAGGAAGAAGAAGACAAUGUUAAACAAAGUUGUCAUCAAUUAGAAGACUGUAUUAAAAAUUGUGAUGUUCUGUUUUUGGUUAUGGAUAGCCGUGAAUCUCGUUGGUUACCAACACUUCUUGCUUCCGUUCAUAAUAAACUCGCAAUCACUGUAGCUUUAGGAUUUGAUGAUUUUGUAAUAUUGAGACAUGGAACUAAUUCAGAAAGUGAACAACAAAAAUGUAAAUUAGAACCAGAAAUGAGUGAAAUGGCACAAGAUUUACAUGCAGAAUUGCCAGGCUCUUUACUUGGGUGUUAUUUUUGUAAUGAUGUGACUGCACCUGGAAAUUCUACAAGUGAACGGGCACUUGAUCAACAUUGUACAAUUUCUCGAGCAGGAAUUUCAAUGAUUGCUUCCGGCUUUGCUGUUGAAUUAUUAGCCUCUGUUCUUCAACACAAAUUAGAAGCAAAUGCCCCAGCCCGAAUGAGUGAAAUGGAUGCAAGUGCAUCUUUGCUUGGAGCAACACCUCACGAAGUAAGAGGAUUUGUUUCUACAUUUCAACAAAUUAUGCCUACAAUAAGACGUUUUGAUCGCUGUACAGCUUGUGGAAAUUCAGUUCGUAAUCUCUAUUCUCAAGAAGGAUUUAAAUUUCUUUCAAAAAUAUUUAAUGACCCAACAGAAUUAGAAAGGGUUAGUGGACUUACAGAAUUACAACAACAAGCAAAUGCUUUCCAAACUCAAAUGAUUGAAUUGGAUGAUAAUGAAAGUAUUUCGAGUAUUUAA